AUGGCUAGUCCUCCUGUUCUAGCUUUCGACGCCGAGGGCCGUCCGGUCAAAUUCGAAACCUGGCUAGAUGACCUGCACCUUUUCCUACAGCUCACUGCCAAGGAAGAUAUUACACUGUACGACCACGCUCUCGGCCAUGCGACCGCCCCACUCGCUACUGCCCCCCCAGCUGAGCGCUCACAGUGGCAGACCCGUGACGCGCACGCUCGCUUUGCUAUUCGCAACUCCCUGCCGCUAGAUGAGCGCGAGCACUUCGGCCAGUGCAAGACUGCUAAGGACCUCUACACAGCUGUAGUGGCCCGCUACUCCUCACCCGCUUCUGCCACACUAGGCCGCCUCACUCUCCCCUACCUGUUCCCCGACCUAGCCUCUUUUCACACUGUCGCAGACCUCAUCACCCACCUUAAGACUAGUGAGGCUCGCUUUCGCGCUGCCAUGCCUGAUGAGUUCCUCGCUAGCAACCCCCCCCCGCUCUGGAUCACCCUCUACCACGUUGUCACCCGCCUCCCUGACUCUCUGCGCCCUGUCAGGGACCAGUUCCUCUCUCGCUCCCCCACUGAGCUCACCAUAGCCCUCCUCGAGAAGGAACUGCUUGCAGCCGAGGCUAGUAUCGUCGCUGUAGGCACCUCUCGUGGCGACCCCCGCGGCCCCUUCUUCGAGGGGUGCUCCCCUUCCCCCCUCCUCCCCUCUGUCGCCUCUGCUGCUGCUGUCGACCUCCUUGGUGCUGAGAAGGUCGGGGCUGCGUCUGCUUCAGGCGGACGACGCAGGGGCAGGAGUGGCAGGAGUGGGGGUGGUGGCGGAGGAGGCGGGGGUGGAGGUGGUGGCGGUGGAGGUGCGACUGGAGAGGCUAGUGGCGGCGGUGGUGGAGGUGACAGCGGUGUUGGGAGUGGUGACAGGGGCGGAGGUGGCAGCGGAGGCGGAGGUGGUCGUGGCAGCGGCAGGGGUGGAGGUGGCCGGGGCGGAGGCGGAGGGGGUGGUGGUCGUGGGAGCCCGGGGGGCGGUCAGAGUCAGCAGCCUGCCCCGACCCUUCAGGCCGCCCGUGAGUGGUAUGCGCGGCGCAGCGUCACCUGCCAGUACGUUAUUCGUACAGGUGACCGCACUGGCCAGACGUGUGGGGGGCCGCACCAGACGGAGCGCUGCUUCGCCCGCCUCAACGAUGCGUGGCGCACUCAGUUUCCUGGUGGGGGUGAGCUGCCGCGCUGGGCUGAUCUGCUCAGGAAGGGUGUUGAUAUUUGGGCACUUGACUUUGAUGCUAUUCUCACUGCCAUGUAUGCGAUGUCUAUUAGUGGAGAGGGUGCUCAGUACUUGCGUGUUCCGCCCGACCCGGGCAUUCAGGCCAGCCCCGCUGCUGCUCUAGGUGCUAGUGUGUCUGCUUCCACAGGUACUUCUGCAGCUGCUGCUCUAGGUGCUUGUGCGUCUGUGCCCCCUGGUACUGAGUCGACUGCAGCACUGCACACCUUCACACUGGACUCAGGUGCUUCUCGCUCUUUCUUUCGUGACCGCACUGUCCUUGAGCCUCUAGCUCGGCCGGUUGCUGUCUCUCUUGCUGACCCCUCUGGGGGUCCGGUCCUUGCGACCUCCUCCACCACCCUUCCGUGUCCAGCGGUUCCGUCCGGCACGCUCUCAGGUCUCUACCUCCCCUCGUUCUCCACGAACUUGGUGGCAGGUAGUGCGCUCCAGGACUCGGGUGUUCACCAGUUCACCCCUGCCUACGAGCGUGUGACUCACUGCACGUGUGCUCGGACGGGCCGCCACCUAGCUACUUUCACUCGAGAGCCGGGGUCUGACCUGUACACACUGACCACUGAGUCCCCUCAGGUAGCUGCGUCUGCGUCAGCGUCAGGUCAGCUGUCCGCCCCCUGCUCGUGUCGCUCUCUGGCGAACGACACCGUCCUCUGGCACCACCGCCUUGGUCACCCGUCUGUGCAGCGCCUGCGGGCCAUGCACAAACGGGACCUUGUUGCUGGUCUUCCCAGGGUGCUCCCUCCCCUUCCCGACUCCCCUGCUCCUGACUGCAUUCCCUGUGUCGAGGGGCGGCAGCGCGCUGCUCCUCACUCCUCCUCCUUUCCCCCGACGACCGCUCCCCUGCAGACACUCCACAUGGACGUGUGGGGCCCGGCCCGCGUCCGUGGUCAGGGUCAGGAGAGGUACUUCCUGAUAGUUGUUGACGACUACUCGCGCUACACCACGGUCUUCCCCUUGCGCGCCAAGGGUGACGUCCCUGGUGUUUUGAUCCCCUGGAUCAGCCGAGCCCGUCUCCAGCUAGGCGAGCGCUUUCACUCGGACUUUCCUGUCCUGCGCUUGCACUCUGACAGGGGUGGUGAGUUCGCCUCCGACCUCUUGGCAGCCUACUGUGCUGAGCACGGCAUUGAGCAGUCGUACACGCUUCCGGCCUCUCCACAGCAGAAUGGGGUUGCUGAGCGCCGCAUUGGCUUAGUCAUGGAGGUCGCUCGUACCUCCCUGACCCAUGCGGCUGCUCCCCACUUUCUGUGGCCGUUUGCGGUCCGGUACGCAGCGCAUCAGCUCAACCUCUGGCCCCGUGUCUCCUUGCCGGAGACUUCCCCGACUCUACGGUGGACGGGAGAGGUUGGCGAUGCGUCGCGUUUCCGGGUCUGGGGAUCUCGAGCUUUUGUCCGCGACACGUCCGCGGACAAGCUCUCGCGUCGCACUGUGCUACACUAA